GUUUUGGAUGAAAUCCGAUUCAUGUUACAUUUAGUUUGUUGUCGUGACAAAUAUUCAAUUAUUGGCAUGCAGGGAAGCUGUUUGUUAAAAUGCUUUAACCAAAAGAAAAAUUGCUUAUCUGUUCUGCGUGUUCUUUUUGCGUCAGUGGAGGACGUCAAGGAUUUGUUUUGUUGAAUUGAAAAAUUCUUGCAAGAAUGCUCCUGCGGAGUUUACAAUUUAGCAAACUUCAGUGUCUGAACCUAAGGGGUUUUGCAUCGGUAACUCCUCAAGAAGUACUUAAGCCUGGGGAUGUGUUGAGAAAAGCAAGGGCUUUUACCGAGGAAGAUGUUCUCCAGUACUCCAAGGUGAGUUUUGAUUGUAAUCCUUUGCACCUUGACUCUGCUGCUGCCAAAGACGCUGGAUUUGAAGGUCCAGUGGUACACGGGAUGCUUGUGUCUUCUCUCUUUCCCCAUAUCAUCUCCACACAUUUUCCUGGAGCUGUGUAUGUAUCUCAAAACUUGAAUUUUAAGUUCCCGGUCUAUAUUGGAGAUCAGAUUAUUGUUGAAGUGCAAGCAACUAAUCUUAGAGCAAAUAGAAAUCGAUAUCUUGCAAAAUUUAAGACAAGGUGCUUGAAGAAUGGUGAACUUAUUGUCAUUGAUGGUGAGGCUGUGGCUUUGUUACCAACCUUGACGUUGAGAGCAACACAAGGAGCCGUAACAGAUCUUCAGGGUCCUAACUGUUAGUCAUUAAUACCUUUUUGCAAGGGACUGUUAGACCUUCAAUUGCUACAGUUGUUGUUUGUGUUUUAAUGGAGAAUUGUAGUCAUUGAUCGUGGGUUCUAAAAUGUGAUCCUGAAUAAAAAGACAUAAAAAAUUGUUCUUUGUUAUUCUGUUGUUACUGAUGAAAACGUUCAUUCUUGGUUGUU